AUGUCGCGUCCAUUGAAGCAGAGAGAUAUUGCUUGCGCGCGCUGCUUCCGCUUGAAGCGCAAAUGCGACCAUGCUAAGCCUACCUGUGGGGAAUGCCUUCGUAAAGGCGCGGAGUGUCUCCCGGCUCGCUCUCGACGAUCUGGAGAUAGCGUGACAAUUCCGCUCGCAUACUUGAAAGAACUGGAGCGGCGAGUUGCCGAGCUGGAAGAUAGCUCUCGGAAGUCAGGGAGUACCGUGGAGCUUUGCGAUGGAAGUAUUCAGACAGAUUCCAUUGAAGCUGAACGGGGCGCUGGUCUCUGUAUGUCUUCGGCGAAUACUCCAAGCAACUCUUCCAUAUGGACAGCAGACCCUACCUCUGACGGAGGCGCCAUGACGCCGCGGUCUCCGUCGCAAAUAAACCCCAGGCUACCUUGGUCACCCCCAAUUCUACAAUCAGCAUCGAAAGAAUCACUGACCGAGAGCGAUGCAUUACUCCAGCUAUACACCACACUUUAUUUCUCAAUAUCGCAUCGCGAGUGGCCUUUUCUAAACGAAUCAGCAUGGAAACUAUGGCAAAGAGACGAGCACGUUAAUGGAAGUGCAUGGCACCUUUUCUUCCUGCGGAUGGUAUAUGCCAUCGGCGCCUCCCUUUGCAGCAUCAUGCACGGCGAUGAAACACAUUCGCGUCGGUCAAGGGAACUCUACAGCUCGGCUAUGGAUUACUAUCCUCACGUCGUCGGGCAUCCGUCUAUGGUUCUCCAGGUCCAAGCCUCGUUGCUUCUUAUUGUGUAUGCUUUGCACUCUCCAUCCUCUGAAGACAUCGCCACAACCGUGUCUUCGAUAGUGCCUUUCUGCACAGCAGCGAUGACGGAAAUCCGGAAACACGCUUGCGCCAACCCGGAUGGCCAAAUCAUUGCUCGGUCGGGGGAGCCUUUAACAGAAGACAUGUUUAUUGCUUGCUAUAUGCUGAAUGUCAUUAUUACAUCGGGGUGGGAUCGGCCCGUAUCUGAUGCCUAUCGCACAGUUGACGAUGACAUGCGCAUGCUUGGUGAUAGCAUCCAACCGCCGCCAAGUACGAACCCAGCCCUGAGCCAUCUCUUCAGGCUGCGGAAAAUUCAGUCAAAAAUUAAAAGAUCUUUGGAAGGCUCUCAGUGGCAAUUAUUCGAGGACAGGCACGCGAUCAACGCUUCAAUUAAGGCAGCGCUCAAGAUAUGGCGACAGGACAUUCCUCGGUUCAGCAAAGCAAACGUGGAGGGUGGCUAUUACCAUCCCAAUUGGAUGGCCAAAUUGUACGACUAUAGUAUUUUGAUGUUGAUGGAGGAGAAGCAAAACUUUCUCGACCAAGAGGGGACCGAAGACAUAUUCGCCGCAGUGGUGGAAGUAUGUAUAGAGUAUCGCCGCCUUCAGGCGGAAGGGCAUGUUUUGUGCUUUACAUGGUCUGCACUGGUAUAUCAGUUUCGUGCUGGAAUUAUGCUUCUUUAUCUGAUCUGGGCUACUAGACCCAUCGCGAGAAGCCUCGACGACGACAUCAGCCUGAAUUACUACUCCCCGGAGGCGAUCAAUGCAUGCACCAAGAGCAUGGCUUGCUUUGCGGAUCGGUGGAGAGAUGCUCUUCCUUACUCCAAGAUCUUUGAAUUCAUACAGCAGCAAAUAUUGGGGACAUCCGCUCAGGCUGCUCCAGGCCUUAGCGAAAGCACGAUGACCCUCGAAGAGGCCGAGAUGUACCUUGAACAGCUCAAAAAGAAGUAUCUUCAUAGGGCCAUUCUUGGAAUGAUUGAAGAUAUGAUGUACGUUGGCGUUGUGCAAUAUGGGGAAGCCGAUGAGUUUAUGCCCGGCAUAUUAUAG